AUGUCUGGUGCUACCGAAACGUCCGACAAAACCUCUGCGGAUAGGAAAGGUGCCGAAUCCGCUUCUUCGAGCGGUAAUAAAUCUACGGCAUCGAGCAGUACCAACAAUGAGGCGGAUGAGCGAAGCAAAUCUUCUGCGGUCAGCUCUAGUUCAUCCAAGUCGAAUGAAACGUUCGAUAGGAAAAAGGUUAACAGUGGUUCCGACGACGGUGGUAUCAGCAGUGCUACUAGUACCAGAACCCUGAAACGGUUGUCGGACGGAAACAAUGGAAAUACUUCAGCUGCCUCCAGCACUAGUGGCGAAGGUUGCAAAACAGAAGAUCGCAAGCAAUCGGUGGGCAGUAGUAGCAAUGGAAUGAAAGGUGCCCAAAAAUGUGGCAUCUGUCUGGAGGAGAAGAAUCCGUUGAACUAUAUCCUGCCGAUGGAUGGUAACACGCGAGCGUUCUGUUCGGAGUCGUGCAUUACGGAGUUUCGAAAGAACGGUCAGCGGACGUGCGUACAGUGCGAUAACGUUGUGCGGGCGAACGCUCCCAAUCCCAAUUUCUGUUCGACCUUCUGCUUGAAGAAGUAUCAGAAAAAACGAUCUCCCAGCCUAAUGCAUCCGGUCGAUGAUUUGAAAAUGAACGGAAGCAACAAUAAUAACAACACAAAUAGCCAUAAUCACAACAACAGCCCCAACGGUAACGGUAGCAAUGGUCGCCGAAGUCAGGGUGGAGGCAAUAUAUCACCGGGACGGUCAGGUGGUCAACCAACGACACGCAUUAGCCCCGUUACUACAACGCAGGCCGGUGCUUUUCAGUACGAAAGCUUUCACGUGUUCGACUGGUCGGAGUAUCUGCGAGAAUCGGGCAGCGUGCCGGCACCGGCGGAAUGUUUCAAACAGGCGCUAGGUCCACCGAAGAAUGAGUUCAAAAUCGGCAUGAAGCUGGAAGCGCUCGAUCCGCGCAAUAUCACCUCGACCUGCAUCGCGACCGUUGUCGGUGUGCUCGGAUCGCGGCUCCGUUUGCGGCUGGAUGGAGGCGAUAAUAAGAACGAUUUUUGGCGAUUGGUCGACUCGAACGAAAUCCAUCCGAUUGGGCACUGUGAAAAGUCGGGCGAGAUGUUGAAGCCCCCGCUAGGAUUCCGGUUGAACGCCAGCAGUUGGCCGACGUUCCUGUCAAAAACGUUAAACGGUGCCGUGAUGGCACCGGAGUAUAUAUUCGUACCGGAACCACCGACCCCGAAAUGUAAUCUGUUUCAGGUCGGUCAAAAGCUGGAAGCGGUGGACAAGAAGAAUCCGCAGCUGAUCUGUUGCGCUACCGUGAAUGAGGUAAAGGAAGAUCAGAUCCACGUGACUUUCGAUGGGUGGAGGGGUGCGUUCGAUUACUGGUGCCGGUACGAUUCGCGCGACAUCUUUCCGGUUGGCUGGUGUGCGACAAGCUGCCAUCCGAUGCAACCACCCGGCCAGAAAAAUAAGCUGGACGGAAGCGGCCAUCGGUCUAAAACUGGCCGAUCGUUUGCGAUGGUGUCCGAGUCUUCGCCCGAUACGAUGCAACCUGCCACGCUAGUAACGGCCCAUUUUCACAGCAGGUGUCGCGGUGGGCCACACAUUAACAGCUCAAAGCUACCGUCGAUGGUUACCGCACCGAACCACCAGACGCUGGCCAAGCUGUGUUUGCAGGAAGUGCUGGCGGCUUCGCACGAUCACUCGCUACUAUCGCCGCUGCUGUUCGGGCUCGAUGGAGAUGUGCAUAUCGUAACGGCGGCUGGUAAGAAUUUUACCGUCAAAAUACCGGCCUAUAUCAAACAGAAGGCAAACGCGGGCGUUUCAGAGUUCUUGGAGACGCUUUGUUCUGCGUGUCAGGCGUGUCCAAAGCUCAUCACACUUGAGCCGGGUCCGGAACAGUGUGAAGACUGUUUGAUCCAUUCAUCACCCUUGAAGCGUACGAUCAAAACGGAACCACGGGCAACGGCGGCUGCCAGUCCACCACCGACGGCUGCAUCCUCACCGAAAGCAUCCGCCACGGGAAGAACCAGCGCCGGCGGGCAUGAGCUGCGAUCGUCGAAAGAAUCCACGAAGGAUAAGGAAUCAUAUUUACGGAGUCCUUCGCCAAAACGUCGUGCUGUGACAAGUAGCAGUGAGCAGAAGGGAGCUGAUCGGAACGCCCAGGAGGAACGGAAGGCUCCCACCAGCACAUCGUCGCUGCCCGCCAAGAAGGAGCGCAAUGAGCCAAGCUCAUCGGUGACAACCGCAACAAUGAACGCGAAACUAGCGUCUAAACCAGGCUCGGGCAAUAGAUCUGCUAAAGUGGACACGUCUGGAGCUAAUCAAACGCUUACAUCUAGCUCAUCCACCGUUACGACAGUGGCCACUUCGUCCACGACGAAUCAACACAAAUCGUCUACCGCUGCUACCCCGGUCAGUCAGCCUACCUCGCCGGUCACCGUGUCGACGACCAGUGGCAGUGGCAAACCUAUAACCACAACCGGUACGAUGGCGAUUAAAAUAGAAGUGCAAUCAGGCAACGUAGCAGCUGUCGGGGCGGCCCAAGCAACUGCCGCCGUGGCAGCAACAUCCGCCGUAACGAUUCCCGCUGCCGUUGCUGCCGUACCGUACCAUCCUGCACCGAUAAUCUCACCACUGAUACCGGGAGCAUGUACGCUGGGACCAGCAGUUGCAAUGACUUCUGUGCCGGGUUCGCUAAUACCCGUGGUGGCAGCAACAUCAUCGAAUCCGUAUCAAACGAUGGCAAAUGCAGUUGGACCACACGCUUGUGCUAAUACAGGCGGUGUGGGUAAUUAUUUUAAUGCCACACCCUCUGGCAUGAUGCCUUUAGUGCCAUCCGUAAGUCCUGCAAUGCCACAGAUGCCCCGCGGACAGACGACCGACUGGACGAUUGAGGAUGUGAUACAAUUUAUCGCUGUGCAAGAUCCGUCACUCGCUAUCCAUGCGGACCUAUUUCGGAAGCAUGAAAUUGACGGUAAAGCUCUGCUGCUCCUGAACAGCGAUAUGAUGAUGAAAUAUAUGGGCUUGAAGCUGGGACCGGCACUAAAAAUCAUCAAUCUCGUCAGUCGCGUUAAGGGUCGACGACACAACCUGUGCUAA